UUUCUACACAAUUUCUACAUUUUUCUACAUUUUUCUACACAAUUUAUAAUAUUUAAUAUUUAUUGUCAGGAAUGUUGAUUUUCUGUGAAUUGAGAAUAAAUUGUGAACUAAAGUUGUUAUGGACAAUCGGAUACUGGAUGAUUUAAUUAGUUUGUAUGUUGGUCCUUUGAUUGUUGUAAGGCCGUUUCCAAGAGCCGCUGAAAAAAUCAUCAAAUGUGCAGGAUGCUCCCCGUUAGAGUUGGUACAAAACAUAAUAAAAAGACAUCCUAAAUCUUCUCUGUUCUCAUUUGAGGAGUUUAACACUUUGGAAACUUUGCGGGAAAAUGACCUGGUCCAGAGCCUCCUGGAUUCUCUCGAAAAAAAUGACCGAGAAGUGGGAAAAACACUGGAAAACACAUUAGGAGACAGGAAUGAGAAGUAUUCGAGGUGGUUUCAGGACUGGUGCUUCACGCUGGCAAAAAUCCUGAGAAUUAAGGCGAAUGAGAGGUUUGAAACCGCUCUUGAGCGGAACGGCGUGUUCAUUUUCCUGGACAAUGACGACGAUUUCAGGCAGUUGGAGGAGGUUCUGGAAAACUAUUCAGGCUUCCCAGUGACAAUAAUUUACUUCUCACACGGUAACGCAACGAAUUUCAGCGUAGUAAUUAACAAAUUUAACGUGCAGUAUUUAAUACUCCAGAGCUUUGAGGACUUUGACUACUCAAAGCUCUUUGAUUUUGCCUCCAAAUUCAUCGACUCCUGCUAUAAAAACUUGGAGUCCAACGUCACAAGUUUGAACGCCUUUUUUAAAGGCGUAAAAAUCUCAUCUAAAAUACUAAAAUCUGAGCCACAAAAGAUCCCAAAGUCUGAGCCACAAAAGAUCCCAAAGUCUGAGCCACAAAAGAUCCCAAAGUCUGAGCCUCUUAAGAUAAUAAAAUCCGAACCUCUUAAGAACUUGUCAAACUUGUUUAUGCUACUGUGUGACGAACUUGGGACGGGAAAUGACUCGUUCAUUUCCAGCGUGUCAAAGUCGACUUUGGACCAUGAGAUCCACGCCUUGUCACAUUUAUUGUACGGAAUUCACCUGUACAACUGUAAAUUUAAGCCUCAAAGCCCUGGUGAAAAGCAGGGGGAGGAUUCUGACAAAAAUAUAGAAAUUUCAAGUAUAAUAUCACACCUUGACAAGGCAAGUUUGAUAUAUAACAAGCACGAACACCCGUGGGAGUCUUUUUUUACAAACACCUUGUCGGUGUUACUGGGCGAGUACGAAGAGUUCAGCAAGCUACUGUCAAACAACGCAAUUCUACAACCGUCCACCAAAAGUGAAUUUGCAAGAUCUGCUGUUUUCAUAGAACUCAGCUCAAACCUCUGUUCAAAGCCGAAAAAGAAGAUAUUCCAGCUAGUGAUGGCAGGGAGACUAUUUAGCCAGGCAGGGCUAGAAAACCUAAGUAAACGCUGUUAUCUAUCAUGUCUAGAGGAGUAUGAAGACUGGUACAUAACACACGAACAUCUUUACAGUCUACUCGCAACAUUCGACGAGAACUUUCUAGUCAACUGCUUAAACAUACUUUCAAACACUUUUGAAAAUAUCUACACAAACUACAGUUAUGAAAAUAACUACACAAACCACAGCUUCUCACAUUUACACCAAACUGAUAGUACUGAACUUUCUUCACAAUGUUCGGAACUUACGUCACAAGGUCGGAAACUUGGGUCACAAUGCUUGGAACUUCCAUCAGAAAGUUGGAAACUUGGGUCACAAAGUUGGAGACAAGUGUCUGGGAACCAGAUUUACUAUUUAAAAACGUUAAUGAAGUUGCAAGGCUUUAGAAUGAGGACUAAAUAUCUUAAAAACACGCCAAUUUCAGCCCCCUUUCUGAACUACCCGACCAUAUACUACACACACGGAAAUCUACCACUUGUUAAUAAUAAAAUGCCAUUCCUCGUGAGAGUGCCGAUAAUACACAUGAGAAGUAACGGCGUUAACGGGACUAACGUGAAGCUGUCAACUACGUACGUGGAUGACCUGUACGAGAAACUGCUCGAUAAUUCAUUCACCGACCCUAUGUGGCAAAAGUGCUUAAAGUUUUACAACAUCAAAGACCACACCAGGAAAAAUUUAUACCCAGCUGAGAAAUCAAAGGGGUCCGACUACAUGAUUAAUACAACACUUAAGCUGUCGUUACAGCUACUUAACCCACUAAGCAUACCCGUAGACUGCCAUGACUUUAAAAUUCUAGUACAGGAAAUUGAUCCUUCCAAUAAAGAAAAAGUGAACCCUAUUAAGGUUUCGGACAAUAAUAGUGAACAUUUGGACAAUAAUAGUGAACGUUUGGACAAUCCUGAUGAACAUUCUGACAAUUCUGAGUUAUGUAAUUUGGAAUGGGUGGAUUGUGAGAUUUUAUCGAGGGAUAAGGAGGGGUUUAGACUGGGCGAAUUUGAAAAGAAAAGCCUGAUUUUGUCCUUUACAACUACCAACACAGGCUCUUUUAAAAUUGCCGGACUUUGCUGGAACCUUUUCGGUGAAGUCGUCUUCUGGUCACCAAUCUACACCGUUGGCAAAAUUAACACUGUUCCCAAAGUUAACACCGUUUCCAAAGUUAACACUGUUGGUAAUAUGAAUACAGUUGGUAAAAUAGACAAAGUUGGUAAAAUAGAUGCAGUUGAUAGGUUGGACACAAUUGGUAAGAAAGGAUUGACCGGAGAAGUGGGUAAAAAAAUCAGUUUGAGAGAGUUUAUUAAUGAGAGAGAGGUUGACAAAUCGUUGUAUUUUAAUGUGUUUAGGGACAUGCCCUGUUUCAGGUAUUAUUUUAGGAAAGUGUCUGACCUGGCACUAUUGUCAAACACGGUGUUUUACCCAAAGAGAGACUCGGACACAUCAAAUUAUGACAAUUUGGUGCGGAAAUACAUGGAAAUGUACAGUGAGGCCACAGAGAGUAUGAAAUCUGAGGAGCUGGAGAAUGAAAAUCUUUGUCUUUUUGACUGUUUUAACGGUGAGUCAAGUUUGAUUGAGAUUUCACUCCAGAAUACGCAGGAAACGCCAAUCAAGUCUAUAGAGUUAAGGUUAAAGGUGUUUGGAGCGUUUAGUGUUCCUCCGUAUCCAGUGUCAUACAAACUCUCAACGCCGAAUAUUUCCAUCACCACACCUACAGACCCGUUUGACCUUGAAAGUGUGUUCAGCUCCAGUGAAAUCUUAGACAGUCCCUCAACAGUGCAGCAUAAAUAUGACCCUGACAGGCUAAGUAAACUAAUCCAGUCAUCCUGGAGUGUGAUAAAUUUACCAAAUUUUAAGGUUAAGGAGGUCAGUUUAACUGAGAAGAUGUACGAGGUUCACAUGCAAUUUAACGAUGACGCUAUUAAUCUUCACAAGAAAGCUCUUUCAGUUUACUUGUUUUUCCAGCCUUUAAUGGUCAUGGACGGGAUUUCUCUGAUUAACGGCUCAAUUUCCGUCUCACCUAAACGGGGAUUAGACCUUGUAAUUCCCUUCAAACUGUUUCUACGUUCCCUUAAAGGACCAACUUUCAACGCUCAUUUCAACUAUAAAGACACGAUCUUGGUUAAGGCAAUUAAUAACUCCAGGGAGGAAAUUACUCAACUCAAGUUCAACGUUAACGGUGAGCCUGUGGAAACCAAUUACUCAGAGUUAUGUCCUGUCCCACCUAAAAACACAAUGAACUUUCCUUUCCCCUUGGAAAACGCAUUGAAGUACUUGGACCCUGCGUCACUGCAAAACUCAUCGGAUCGCAUGAGGUUUGGUGUGUUUUGGGCCACGCCAGUUAGGUUUGGGCUUUUCAACGGUAAUGUCGAGUUUUUGGAAUAUAAAGUUCUUGUCAGGCUCACAGUCUCUAAAACGCAGUUAAAGUUCUCUGACGAGCCUGUGAUUGUCAGUUUAUUCGUCACAGUUCAUAACAUUUCUUCUGAAUCACUGAAAUCACUCGCAGUUUACCCUCUGAUUAAACAUCACCAGGACUCGCUCAUCAGCUUCGUUGGCGUUACGAAGAACAGAAUUGACGCCAUUGAUCCUGGCUGCAGCAAAUCCAUCGAGUUUAACAUUAUUAUUCCAGUCCCCGGCGUCUAUCACUUUUCUUCUCACAAUUUUAAACUCGUCGGCACACCCGAAGAACAUGUAACAUAUCAAGACAACACAAACACCAUCAUUGUCCAUGACUAAUAUCGUAC